AUGUCCGAAAACGCCGAGGUCUCAUAUGCAGACGAGGUAUCCUUAGCCUUCGUUAUAGCCGAACAGACUUCAACCCAAGAGCUCGAUGCUAACGGCUAUCCGUUUAUCGACGAUAUACACUCCGAUGCCAACGCCGACGCCGCCGCCGCCGCUAAUAAAGAGCUCGUUAACAACGAAGAAGAGGACUUCUUCGGCAGCGACGAAGAGAUUAAGGAGUUUGAACUACUCCCACCGCCCGAGCGAGUCUUCUCGUCUCUACCGGAACUAAAGGCCUUUAUAAAGGUCUGGACUCGAGAGCACGGAUACGACCUCGUUAUACGCGGAUCAAAGAACAACGGGUGCUAG